AUGCAGAAGUUGAGCAGAGCACAGAGAUGGGAGGCUAUAAAUAGGAGAGAGAAGGAUGGACAGAACAAAAACAAGAAGAUGACGAAGAUGAAUGCGAGAGUGGUGGCAGUGGUGAUGGUGAUGGUGAUGGAGGUGUUGCUCAUGGGGGCUGCCAUUGACGCCCUGAAUGUGUGCGGUGUGCCGUCGACGGAUCUGCUGAAGUGCUUGCCGGCGGUGACGCCUCCGUCACCGUCGGAACCUUCGAAAGAGUGUUGUUCGGCGGUGAGCCUAGUAGACCUGAAGUGCCUCUGCGCUUUCAAGAGUUCCCUGCUCUUGCCUGCGCUGCAUAUCGAUCCCGAUCUCGCCCUUCAGCUUCCCGCCAAAUGCAAACUUGGCAAAACUGUCCCCUGUUAG